AACUAUGCAUAGAUAUCUAAGAUCUGAUGUAACUCCUCUUUCACCUGAAGCAUACUGUGAUAUUAUAUAUGCUAAAGGUAAAAAGAAUAUAUUAUCAGUUUUAGCUAAAAAAUAUAAAAUAUCAUCACAGAGGACAGAUAGUACUGAUGCUUCUAAUACUUCUGAUACUUUACAUAUUACUGAUACUUCACAUAGAUUCAAUAAUUUACACACAUUUUUAACUAAUAUUAUGGAUAGAGCCGUAUAUAUGCGUUCCGAUGCUACAAAAUUAUCUUCUGCAGAUUAUGAAGAUAUUAUGCAAUAUUGA